AUGGGAGAGUUUAAAUGGAGUUAUGUUAGCGUGGCGUGUCCGAGGUUGUGACCUUCCAGCAGGGUCUUAAGUGUCUUGUGUGGAACUCCUGUGGAGGAGAAGCUGAUGGAUUUCAGGAUGGUUGAGGCCCAGGGAGAGCGGGAGAUCGUAAUUAUCAGAUUUUUGAGGUACUGUGGAUAGCUUUUUGAUUUGUCUGUAUGGUAGGCGCUACAUCGAGAGAAAGUUAGAGAUUCAAGUGGUCUUUCUGCAUCUGAUUUUGAGAGAUUUGGAACUUCUUCAAGGCUAAUAAUUGCAUCCUUCAAAUUCAAUUCUCCUGGUAGAUUGGCAAUGUGAAAAUAUAAUCUCAAACUGAGUUCGCGAGAUAAUUAAAAUUUUAAUAUAAAACUCAUUUGGGACUCUUGGAAGUACUUGCUUCAAGUUAUGAAAGUAUGGAUCCAAUUUUGUUAUAUCAAGAGAUAAGUUGAACGAAUCUGGGUUGAUUAAAACCAAAUUUUCAACUUGAUUCAAGAACUGACUCCUUAGAAACCGUCUUAUCUUAUUGUGCUUCUUUUUGCUAUAGUAAAGCUCAACUUUAUAACAACCUGACAAUCUAAACUUCCUAAGCUCUUCCAUCAGUUUGAAGGUAUUUAUUUAGAUUGAGUCUGACCCUCAUGCCUAAAAUAUUCUUUUGCUAAGUCCCAUUUACUCAAUAAAAUUUAUCUUCAAAUUUAUCCUCAUACAGUCAAGUUUAUUUUCCAUCUCAAAUCUUCAUAUCCCAUUUGUCACAUUGCUUUUCUGGUAGAGUCUCUCUGAGCUUCUUUACGCUUGAGCCCAGGGCAAGCCUAAUUUGUUUUCCUAAGUCCUGAUUAGUGAGUCUGUGGUCUUUCUGUAUGGAAGGAUCAUUUUUGAGAGUGAAGCUUUGUAGGUAUGGACUUUGGAGUGAUAUCUGGAAGGGAGUUGGCAUUGGUGAGAUUAGUUAGGGUCUGGAGAGUGGCUAGUCUUGGCUCCAUCCAUUCUAUUUAGAAUUUGUUAAAGCCAAGGUCGUCCUUAA